UGUAACCGGCGGAGGAGGAAGACGAAGAAGAAGAACGGAAAGAUGACACCAAGCUAACUUGGUGAAAAGGUAAAAUGAUCCUCCGAGGCUGGGGUUAAAGAAUGUAACAAACGAGAUGGGGCAAAUGUUGUGUGUAUGUUCCCGUGGCUCCAUCACCAUUGACAACAAAAAAUAUUAUUUUGUCCAGAAACUUGAUGAAGGAGGGUUCAGUUAUGUUGAUCUGGUAGAAGGAGCAAAAGACGGGCAUUUUUACGCCCUAAAGAGAAUCUUGUGUCAUGACCGGGAAGGCCGCUCGGAGGCUCAGACCGAAGUGGAGAUGCAUCAGAUGUUUAAUCAUCCCAACAUCUUGAGCCUGGUCUCGUACGCAUUUAUUGAUUCUGGAGGCAAGACAGAAGCCUGGCUCCUUUUGCCCUACAUGAGUAGAGGAAGUCUCUGGUCUGUUCUGGAAAAGCUAAGAGACAAGGGGAGCUCAAUGCCUGAAAAACAGAUUUUGCAAAUCUUCCGUGGAAUUUGUUCUGGCCUGAAGGCUAUUCACGAAAAAGGCUACGCACACAGAGAUCUGAAGCCCACAAAUGUACUCCUGGAUGAGAAUAACAAGCCGUUGCUGAUGGAUCUGGGCUCCAUGAACCGUGCAAGAAUUGAGGUGAAAGGAUCCAGAGAGGCCAUGACCCUACAGGACUGGGCCGCCCAGCGCUGCACCAUUUCCUACAGAGCUCCUGAGCUGUUCAACGUAGAGAGCCACUGCAUCAUAGAUGAGCGCACUGAUAUUUGGUCGCUGGGCUGUGUGCUGUACUGCAUGAUGAUGUUGGAGGGGCCGUAUGAUCUGGUGUUUCAGAAGGGCGACAGCGUGGCUCUGGCUGUCCAGAAUCCAGUCAGCAUCCCGCCAUCUUGCAGGUAUUCAUCAGGUCUGCAGGUGCUGCUGAGCUCCAUAAUGGUCUCAAAUCCUCAAGAGAGACCGAACAUCAGUUGGGUGCUUGACCAGGUUCAGGACCUGCAAAGUCAUAGUCCAAACACCCAAACCAACAUGGUCUGAUCUGAUGCACUGUAUGUAGAGACCAAACCUGUACACACCUCAGUGAACAUCUCGUUUUUCUCUGUUUGUUUUUUUUUUUUUUUAAAGAAUUAAAGCUAAAAAGCAGAGGAACUGUUUUUCAUCCCACACGGGACGGUUGUCAACAGCAAAAGCCUCUUCAUCCACUUUAUCCGAUCACAGCUUUCUGUUAGUCUUUUUUAAACGUACUAAUUUAUCUGAAGAAUGUUAAAUGCCUUAAAUCUAUAAAUAUUUUCCACAGUGCAAUUAUGUUUUUUUGAUGUUAAAAAAUGCAUUUUUUGGGCCACUUUUAUUUUUUUUAAUUUGUUUAUUUGUUCUUGCGAUGACCUAAAUGAAGUGCUGCUCACGUAUCUGUUUUUGGAUCCAUUUCUUUAGUUUGAAAUUCACAGUGGAGACAAAUUGACUAACUUGACCGACUUUGUUGAAAAGCAAGAAAAUCAACUGUGGUUGAUUUUUAUUAUUUUUUUUAUAAGUGAAUACAAGAAAGUGCAACUCAUUCUUUUGUCCCUCAGAUGGAGCCAGGCUCGCUCUUUCUACUUUUUAUCAGUUCUAAGUUAAAGUCUACCCUCUAGUGGCAGCAGCUUUAACAACUAUCCUUUUAAAAUAGAACAUUUAUCCUAAAGUAGUAUUUUUUAGAUUUUUAUAUGAGUAGAAGAUGAAGCUCUGCUAGAUUUUCAGCUGAAGAAUGCUCCACAAAUGUAAAAUAUGUCAGAUCAUAUUCAUUUUAAAGGAAAGGUACUGAGCUCCUCUGUAAUGUUGAACAUGAUAUCUUUUUUUAGGGCAUUUGUGGGCUCAUUCUCUCUUUUAGGGGUUAGUUUCAGGAGUAUCUUGCUCCUUACUUUGUGUUUCAUGUUUCAGGAAGCUUCUCUGUUCAUUCCAGUGACUCUUCAUGUUCUGUCUAGCAUGAUGUUUAUUCCUUUACAAAAAGAACAAAAGAAAGGAAAACCAAGACUGCCCCUCAAUCACAAAUGUUACAAGCUAAACCAACAGUUUAUUUUAAUAUGAUAGAGUUUAAUGUUGUGUUACUUUACUUUGUGUUUUCCAUUCCACUGAUUCAUGUGUUUUAUUCUCGUUUUUCUUUUCUUUGUAAUAAUCAGACUUGUGUUCUCUCAGGGUUCUCUUACACCUAAAGGUCUUUAUUAGUGAACCUAAACUCUACCUUUAAAGUUUCCUGACAGUAAACCUUUUGGGCAUUUAAGUUUAAUGCUUUAUUUUGUGGUUGUAAUGCAGUGAUUUAGGAUUGUUUGACAACCUUAAGAUAUUCUGCUCGGCUAGCUUGUAGACAUCAGUUUGAACUGUAUUCUGGGAGUAUUUUACAGUGUUUAAGGAUCAGUUAUUGCAAAGUCUGAAUUUAGCCGGUAUAGUGAACUGUUGUGUUGUUGUAAAGUGCAAACCAGAUGCUGCAGCUGAAAGACAGAAAGUUCUACGCAUAUUAGUUAAGGUACCAGAUAUUAUUGUGUGCUUUUAAUGAUGAAAAGUCCUUUAUUAAUAUUUUUGAUCCAAUCUUCUGUGCACAGUAAAACACAAAUAAAUAUUAAACAUGGAAACUCCAUGGAUGUGGAUGUUCUUAAAUUA